UAACCUUCGUGUAACAACUGUAAUUUUGUAACAAACUGUAAUUCGAGUGAAGUGGAAAAAAACUAAUUGCUUUGCUUGUAAAUUUAAUUCUAAUGAAUAUAACUUUAGCUUUAAAUUCAGUUUUAUUAUGUCGUUUUUAAAGAUUAGCGUGGAAAGACUUCUUGAGCAAGAAGUAGAAGAAAUUAAUAGAUUUGGAGAAGAAAAGUAUGUCAAGCCUUUAACUUUGUCAGAGGAGCUAACACAUAAUGCAGAAAGAAUAGAUUUUUACGAAGGACAAUUUAUUGAUGUUGAAGAUUCUGAUAAAUCCAUAGAUGGCGAUAAAAAUGAUGUUAAACAAAAGUCACCUUGGGAAAAAAUACAUUCUAAGUUACGAAUUUCUCUUUCUGAAGUUUGUGUGUUGUUUGAUGUUCUCCAAUGUAUUAAUUUAAAGAAGUAUUUAGUUCUUGAUCGUGUUUCUCAAAAUCCAGAAGUCCCUAAGCCAACUGUCCAAAUGUUAGAUAAAAGGAAACUUCUUGCAAGAGCUGGAGCUUUAAUAUCUAAUGGGGCUGCCAUGCUACAUAAAGAGUAUUUUCAAAAAAAUCAAAGUGAUGUAAAAAAUAUAGAAGAAACUGAAUAUUACUCUCAACUAAUGAAAUUGCGACAACACUGGCGUGUUAAAAAAAUUGGAACUCAAAUAAUCAGUGACAUAAGUCUGAAAACAUCUGGUUCAAAGUUCUGGCACCCUGGUUUUGUUGAAAUUAAGAUGGCAAGUCAAGAAAAUUGUGAGUACGACAAAAUGUUUAGUGCAAAUGUUAGUUCCGAUAUUCUUCAAGAUUCAUAUAUAAAUAUAAAAGUUAUUGAUAGUAAAUAUAAUAUUUUUUCUGAAACUAGCUCAACAUUCUUAUUAGAAAUUUUGAAAAAUACAACCCCUAUAUGGAAACAACAUUUGAUGAAAGGUCAAGAAUACCUUUUCAACAAAGAGAUUUUUUUCAAUUUGGCAAGUGAAGCAUUUAAAGUAGCUUUCCCUGGAGUGGAAGUGCUGAAUGAAACAAUAAAGUUUUUAAUUGAAGAUGCUGUUGUUAUUGUUAGUUUAAAUCGUUACAAUUCAGAUUGUGAAACAACUUCGAAAAAAAUUACCAGUUAUUUAAGUACACCUGCUGAUAAUCUUAGAUUAGAACUUUAUCAGUUACAAUUUAAAAAUUACAUGUUAAAUAUGAUUUCACAUGAUAAUAACCAAAAACAGUCAAAUAGUUCUAUUUUUAAUACACUAUUAUUCAGUAAACAAAAUGCAAAUUUAAGUAGAAAUAGUAUUCUUAAUGAAUUUGUAGAUGCUGCAAAGCAUCAUGUAUGGAUAAAUAGGCUUAAAAAAUAUUUGAUAAAAAAAAAUAUUGGUUUAAUUGAGCCUAAGCUAGUUGUUCACUGGAGUGUGACCAGUAAUUUUUCUACAUUAGCUAGUAUAUCAUAUUUCUAUCAAACAGCACAAACAAGAAUGUUGAUAUCUGUGGCACAAAAUGAAAUAAAAAUAAACUUUCUAGAUUUUACCGUUGUUAGACUACCUUUCGAUAUUGAGUCACUUGAUUAUGUUAUUGACUUGGACAUUUGCAAUUCAAUAGCGGAUCAUAUCUCAUUAUUGUGUCAAAAACAUAGGUGGAAGUCUAUCAAGUAUCAAUCUCCUGAUAAAAAUAAAUCACAAGUUAGAUAUGGCGUCACAGCUUAUUUGCCAUCAUUAAAUCGUUAUUUAAAAUUUGUUGUUAAAGAAAUUAAUGAAGUUUUAGUUGAGGUGUCUUCUACAUGCAAGGAUGAUAACUUUUUAUUAGAUGAAAGUUUUGAUAAAGUAUGUGUUUCAUACGAACAAGUUUGUUGGUUAUCUAUUGCUGGUGAGACAUUGACAGAAAAAGUUGAAUCGCUGCUAAUAAGCACAUAGAGAAAAAUUUGAAAUUGUUUUGUCAAAAAUUUGAAAUUGUUUUUGUCCAUUGAAA